GCCAGCUCUUAUUCCACCCUCUCCACCUUUCCUUCUGCUUCUUUUGCUUCUUCCCUCCUCUUCUCCUUCCUCUGUAUCCCCCUCAAUCUCGCUUGUUUCGCUUCUUUCCUUCCUUUUUAUCCUCCUUCUCGUCUGCCUUUCUUCUUCUUUUCCCUUCUUCCCCCCCAGUUCAUUCGGCUGUUUCGGUCCGCAUUCCUGCGACCAGUUGAGAAAGCGAAAAAGGGAGCGUUCCACUGUCAUUCUUCCGGAGUUGUUUCUCUUCGACUGCACUGUCGCAUACAUUGCUUCGUCUUGAUACCUUGAGAUUUCCGUUCACCAUGGAUGUUCUGCAAAGUCUGCCUUUGCCGUCAAUUGACCGGCCCUUUGGCAUUCACCUAUGGCCUAUCUUCGACAAGGCCUUCGAGCUGGUCGUGGGCUAUCCCGCCAGCGAAUUUCGCUUCGAAGAAGGCGUGACGCCCAUGUCUACUUUCAAGGAAACCGCCGUGGCGCUCGUUGCCUACUAUGUCAUCAUCUUUGGUGGCCGUGAGUUCAUGAAGAACAGACCUGCCUUCAAGCUCAACACUCUCUUCAUGAUCCACAACCUUUACCUCACCCUGAUCAGCGGCACUCUCUUGGCUCUCUUCAUUGAGCAGCUUCUCCCUACUGUCUGGAGACAUGGUAUCUUCUAUGCUAUCUGUGAUCAUGACGGUGGAUGGACGCGGCCUCUUAUUGUUCUGUACUACCUCAACUACUUGACCAAGUACCUCGAACUCAUCGACACCGUCUUCCUGUUCCUCAAGAAGAAGCCUCUUACCUUCCUUCAUACCUAUCACCACGGCGCUACCGCGCUUCUCUGCUAUACCCAGCUCAUUGGGUUGACUGCGGUUCAAUGGGUUGUCAUUGACAUCAACCUUCUGGUGCACGUCGUCAUGUACUGGUACUACUUCCAGAGUGCCCGUGGUAUCCGUAUCUGGUGGAAGGAGUGGAUCACCCGUCUCCAGAUCAUUCAGUUCGUCAUCGAUCUCGGCUUCAUCUACUUCGCUUCCUACACCUACUUCUCCUCUACUUACUUCCCCUGGGUUCCCAACAUGGGCAAGUGCGCCGGCGAGGAGUUUGCCGCUUUCUCCGGCAUGGCUGUCAUCAGCUCUUACCUCUUCCUUUUCAUUUCCUUCUACGUCGCCACCUACAAGAAGGCUGCCAAGGCCGGCCGUCCCCGCCGCAACACUGGCAAGCAGGCUGUUAUCGACAUGGCCAAGUUCGAGGUCUCUGCGCCGCACACUGACGCCAAGGGCAACAAGUCCAACGGAGCUGCUGUGUCGACCGGUCGUGCCAAUGGCCCGGUUACCCGCUCCCGCAAGGCUUAAGUCAUGGGAUCUCAUCUAAUCCAAUCAGGGAAGCGCGAUAGCGCAUCUCUCGGUGCGUUGCUCGCUCGCAACCUGCCCUUGCGAACGAUGCCUCAACCCCACUUAUCUUUUAUUCUCA